AUGACCUUCUGUGGAAGCCCUUGGAUGCCCCUGCGGAAUCACUUGUGUAGCAGACCUUUCCUUCACACAAGGAGCGCUAACUCCAACCCUCCCGAUGUCUUGCGUACCUCAAUCAAUUGGUUUAACUUGUUUUUCUCCACUGCAAGUGACUGGACACUUCUGCAAGCUGCUGCUCAGAAAUUCCUGGCACAAAUCAGGAAGGCAAAUACAACAACGAAAUGCUACAAGCGCACACUUGCAGGGACAUCACGAGCCCACGUGGAUCAUCGAAUACUCGAUUCUGAGGUGCGCCAAUCGCAUGCUCCCAGCUCGAUCACAUGGACCCUGCUAUGA